UCCUCCUAUUAAGGAAGUGUGGAGUCUGAGACGACUGCAGUCCUUCAUUAACAGCCUGCAGUCUUCUGCUCUGGUGAGUUUAGCUUUGUUUUCAGUUUAUUGAGAAAUCUGAGUCUCAUUUUCAGCACCAUGGAAGAAAGUGAUUAUUAACUGGACCUACAAAGUCGUCUGUUUAACUGGAAAGAAACCUGAAAUUAGAGUUUUGUCACUUUUACCAAACUGAAAGUGAAACUCUGAGCAUUCGGACUGGAGAGAACAACAACUGCAGUAAAAUAAAAUGGCUUCUAAGUUCUCAGAGGAGGAUUUCUCCUGUCCUGUGUGCUGUGAAAUCUUCACGGAUCCUGUUUUACUGCACUGCAGUCACAGUGUGUGUAAAGUGUGUUUGCAGAAGUUCUGGGAGACCAAAGGAUCCAGAGAAUGUCCUGUUUGUAGGAGGAAGUCAUCUAUGAGUGAUCCUCCCAUAAAUCUGGCCUUAAAGAACCUGUGUGAGACUUUCUUACAAGAGAGAAGUCAGAGAUCUUCAUCAGGGUCUGAAACAGUCUGCAGUCUGCACAGUGAGAAACUCAAACUCUUCUGUCUGGAUGAUCAACAGCCGGUGUGUUUGGUGUGUCGGGAUUCAAGAAAACACACCAACCACAAAUUCUGCCCCAUUGAUGAGGCUGUAACAGACUGUAAGGAGGAGCUCAAAACUGCACUGAAGCCCCUACAGGAGAAACUGAAGAUCUUUACAGACUGUAAACUGAACUGGAGUCAGACUGCAGAACAUAUAAAGAUUCAGGCCCAACACACAGAGCAUCAGAUUAAGGAACAGUUUGAGAAACUUCACCAGUUUCUACGAGAUGAAGAGGCAGUCAGGAUCGCUGCACUGAGAGAGGAAGAGGAGCAGAAGAGUCAGAUGAUGAAGGAGAAGAUUGAGAAGUUGAGCAGAAACAUAUCAUCUCUUUCAGACACAAUCAGAGCCAUAGAAGAGGGGAUGAGAGCUGAAGACGUCCUGUUGUUACAAAACUACAAGGCCACAGUGAAAAGAGCCCAGUGCACACUGCAGCAUCCAGAGGAGCUUUCAGGAGCACUGAUCCAUGUGGCAGAACAUCUGGCCAACCUGAAGUUCAGUGUCUGGGAGAAGAUGCAGGACAUUGUCCAAUACACACCUGUAACUCUGGAUCCCAACACUGUUCAUCCUGAACUCAUUGUAUCUGAUGAUCUGACCAGUGUGAGAUUCAGUUAUGAAGAACAGAAACUUCCUGAUAAUCCAGAGAGAUUUGAUAAAGCUUGCUGUAUCCUGGGCUCUGAGGGCUUUAACUCAGGGACACACUGCUGGGAUGUUGAUGUUGGAGACUGUACAGUCUGGUUUGUGGGUGUGAUGACAGAAUCUGCUCAGAGGAAGGGGGGAAUAUACACCAGAAGUGGAAUCUGGUUUGUGUGGUAUUAUGAAGGUGAAUAUAAAGCAUGUUCUACACCACAGACAUUCACUCCCCUCUCAGUAGAACAGAAACUCCAGAGGAUCAGAGUGAAACUGGACUGGGACAGAGGAAAGCUGUCAUUCUCCGACCCUCUCACUAACACACACAUACACACUUUCACACACACAUUUACUGAUACAUUACUGCCAUAUCUAAAUGUUUUUGGUAAAGAAUCUCCUCUAAAGAUCCUCCCACUUCAGUGCUCUGUAAGAGUGAAUCAGAUCAGUUAGAGCUCAUAUUGUUUUAUUUCAGUUUAUUAAUGAAAUAUUGCAGAUUAAAAUUUAGAAUCUUUGUGAACGUUUGUUGAAAGUUGAAAUCACUGAACAGUUCAUUGUUUUUUAGUUUAUUAGUCCUGUGGCAUUUGUAAAUAACCAUAAUUAUAUUUUGUUACAGGAAAGGCGAUUGUCUUUUAUUUUUAUUUUAUUUUUGUAUUGCAAUGGUUGACUUCCGGGCUUAAGCUGCGCCCUUUUUUUGUUUAAGGCUAUUGCAGUGUAUAGUAUAGCUUGGUAUCCCAAAUACGGCAAUAACUUCGACCCGGAGCCGUGGUUAAUGUCUAAUUCAUACUUGCAGCCCCUCAGAAGAGGCAAAAGAUGUUAAAUAAGUUGAGAUAUGAGCAUUUUGUCUGUUAAUGUGUUCGUUUUGCAAAAAUGUAAGACAGCAGAUUGUGAACAAUGUUAGCUAUCAGUUACAUGUUUUGUUUACAUCUCAGCUCUUACAUUGGUGAUAUGGUGAAUGGAUUAAUGUUCAUAAAGGAUUAAACAUCAUAAAACCAUCA